CAAAGGGAUUAUUCAUGAACAUCACUGUGAAUUUUACUAGCGUUAUCUAGUCAUCACUAGUGAAAGACGUCCGGGUGCAGCUAGCUGGUUCCAGUAGCGCAUAGCAGCGUCUAGAAAUUUUUCGAAAUUUUUACUGGUGGGUUCCAGAAGAAGAAAUUGCUCGAAAGUUCGGCCUCCGGAGUAAUAUUUUUUUGAUAUAAAUAAGACAUCAUAUCGCAAGGGUGAAAUUUCCCAUCACUUGUCUUUUAAUCUUCUCUCGCAUUAAACGCCUACUAGAAAAUGACAAAAGCUGUUGGUAUCGAUUUAGGAACAACCUACUCUUGCGUUGGCGUUUGGCAAAACGACCGCGUUGAAAUUAUCGCCAACGAUCAAGGAAACCGCACUACUCCAUCCUACGUCGCCUUUACAGACUCUGAACGUCUUAUUGGUGAUGCCGCAAAGAACCAAGUGGCCAUGAAUCCCCACAACACCGUGUUUGACGCUAAGCGUUUGAUCGGUCGCCGUUUCAAUGAUGCCGAAGUUCAGUCCGACAUGAAGCACUGGCCAUUCAAGGUUAUUGACAAGGACGGCAAGCCCAUCGUCCAAAUUGAACACAAGGGUGAAAAGAAGACUUUCACUCCCGAAGAAAUCUCCUCCAUGGUCCUGGUCAAGAUGAGAGAAGUUUCUGAAGCUUACCUUGGUGGCAAGGUGGACUCUGCAGUUAUCACUGUCCCAGCUUACUUUAAUGAUUCUCAACGUCAAGCUACCAAGGACGCUGGUCUUAUUGCUGGUCUCAACGUUCUCCGUAUCAUCAACGAACCCACUGCCGCUGCUAUUGCCUAUGGUUUGGACAAACAACCCAAGGGUGAACGCAACGUUUUGAUUUUCGAUCUUGGUGGUGGUACUUUUGAUGUGUCUCUUCUGACCAUCGAAGACGGUAUCUUUGAAGUUAAGGCUACUGCUGGUGAUACUCAUCUUGGUGGUGAAGAUUUCGACAACCGUUUGGUGAACCACUUUGUUCAAGAAUUCAAGCGCAAGUACAAGAAGGAUAUCUCUGACAACCCAAGAGCCUUGAGACGUCUUCGUACUGCUUGCGAACGUGCCAAGCGUACUCUCUCUGCUUCCACUCAAACCUCUUUGGAAAUCGAUUCUUUGUAUGAAGGUAUCGAUUUCUAUACCUCCCUCACUCGUGCUCGCUUUGAGGAACUUUGCCAAGAUCUUUUCCGUUCAACUAUGGACCCUGUAGAGAAGGUACUUCGUGAUUCCAAGAUCGACAAGGCUUCUGUUCACGAUAUUGUCCUUGUUGGUGGUUCUACUCGUAUCCCCAAGAUCCAGAAACUUGUUUCCGACUUCUUCAAUGGCAAGGAGCCCAACAAGUCCAUCAACCCCGAUGAAGCCGUCGCUUACGGUGCCGCUGUCCAAGCUGCUAUCUUGACUGGUGACACCUCUGAGAAGACUCAAGAUCUCCUUCUUCUCGAUGUUUCCCCACUCUCUCUUGGUAUCGAAACUGCUGGCGGUGUUAUGACUGCUCUUAUCAAGCGUAACACCACUGUUCCUACCAAGAAGUCCGAAAUCUUCUCUACUUACGCUGAUAACCAGCCUGGUGUACUCAUCCAAGUUUACGAAGGUGAACGUGCCAGAACCAAGGAUAACAAUCUUCUUGGCAAGUUCGAACUCACUGGUAUCCCCCCUGCUCCCCGUGGUGUACCCCAGGUUGAAGUCACAUUCGAUAUCGAUGCAAACGGUAUCUUGAACGUCAGCGCAGUUGACAAGACCACUGGCAAGUCAAGCAAGAUCACCAUCACUAACGACAAGGGUCGUCUCUCCAAGGAGGAUAUUGAACGCAUGGUUUCUGAUGCUGAAAAGUACAAGGCUGAAGAUGAAGAAGUGGCUGCUAAGAUCUCUGCUCGCAACGGUCUCGAGUCCUACGCAUACAAUCUCCGUAACACUCUUCAAGAUGAAAAUGUUGGAGGCAAGCUCGAAGAAGCUGACAAGACCAAGCUCAAGGAAGCUGUCGAUGAAGCAAUCAAGUGGCUCGACGAAUCUCAAGAAGCUUCCAAGGACGAAUACGAGUCUCGCCAGAAGGAACUCGAGGAGGUUGCCAACCCCAUCAUGAUGAAGAUUUACGGUCAAGGUGCUGGUGCCGGUGGUGCUCCAGGCGGUGCUCCUGGUGGAUUCCCACCUGGUGCUGGUGGUGACGCUGCACCUGAAGGUCCUACAGUGGAGGAAGUCGAUUAAAUCUUUUAGACGUUAUCUCUACGAAGCGUACGAUUAAAUCAGUUGUACAUAUUUGAAAACCUUGUAUAUGGAACAUUUUAUUGGAAGUGAAAAAUAAAACAUAUUGUAUUAAAAAUAACAUUCUAAACCUGAGA